CCCUUCGCGGUACACGUAUAAUAUAUUGCAGUGCGCAGGAGCGACAGUCAGCCUUUACAAAACAUCACAAACGCUGACAUUGAGAGGGUUGCACACGGUAACAUCUACUCUGCCUUGUUAAAGUUAUCCACCAUGAUGUCUGCAAAACGCAUAGCAGAUAUGGGAUACAGGAUGUUCUCCGGGUCCAUGAUGUUGCUGACAUUAUACGGAGGCUUUAUGUGCACAUCGCGAGCAUACCGCUUCUGGACGAAAGAGAAACAAUUGGAAGUUGAAGCACAGGAGCAGAGAGAACCGGAAAUGAUGAAGGACUGAUGGACAUUCCCGCCCCGUUUCAGAGAUAUGGACAUCAUUCCAGAGGAAUGACCUCUUAAUAUGUGUGUGUACGCCUGUAUUAUGUUGCUAUGGUGUAGAUAUUUUGUGGCCUAGGGGUGAUGGAACUUACCCUAGGACUCACCCUGCUUGAUUGCACUCCAAGAAGCGACCUUGUUUCAGGCUAAAUGGGGUACUAAUACGGAGAUGAUAUUCAUGAUUUCGAGUCGAACAGUUGAACAUAUUAAACAUGGUUCCAUUUCA